AGCAGGAGAGUUUGGCGAGGGCAACUGAGCUGAGACUGAGGGAGCUUGCUCUGAAAUCUUGGAGGAGAUAUGGGAGCAGAAGUACUACCAUUCCCCCUGCCCAAGAAGCAGGGGCAGGCUCCUCUCAUCCUAGGACUCCAACCAUCUGCCCUUGUUGAUCAUGUUGCCAAGGUAGAUUGUUCUUUGCUCGAUCAAAUCCCUGGAGAGAGAGGUGGCUCUCAACCAGUUGGAAUUGAGGAACUGCAACAUUUACUGAAUGAGCUGAAAACCCACAUCCUCCCGUCUCCUGAUGACCCAUCUCCUAUGAAGACAAUAGCCGGUGGUAGUGUUGCUAAUACAAUCCGAGGUCUAACUGCAGGAUUUGGGAUCACAUCUGGAAUAAUUGGGGCAUAUGCUGAUGAUGAGCAAGGCCGCCUGUUUGUACAUAACAUGACCUAUAAUGGAGUGAACCUCUCGGGGUUGAAGAUGAAGCAGGGGCCCACCGCCCAGUGUGUAUGCUUGGUUGAUGCCUUCGGAAACCGCACAAUGAGGCCAUGCCUAUCAAAUGCUGUUAAACUUCAGGCUGAUGAAUUAACUAGAGAGGAUUUUAGAGACUCCAAGUGGUUAGUAAUGAGGUAUGCAGUACACAAUUUAGAAGUUAUUCGUGCAGCAAUUAGGAUUGCCAAACAAGAAGGAGUUUGUAUCUCCUUGGAUUUGGCCAGUUUUGAGAUGGUUCGAAACUUUAAGUCUCCCCUUCUAGAAUUACUGGAAUCUGGGGAUAUUGACCUCUGCUUUGCCAAUGAGGAUGAAGCCAAAGAGCUGCUAAGAGGUGAACAAAACACUGAUCCUGAGGCAGCUUUGAAUUUUCUUGCCAAACAUUGCCAAUGGGCUGUUGUGACACUAGGCUCUAAUGGAUGCAUAGCGAAGCAUGGAAAAGAGGUAGUAAGAGUUCCAGCUAUUGGAGAAAUGAAAGCAAUUGAUGCCACUGGAGCUGGAGACCUCUUUGCAAGCGGGUUUUUAUUUGGAUUGGUAAAGGGACUGCCCCUUGAGGAAUGCUGCAAAAUAGGUUCCUGCAGUGGCGGGACUGUGAUUCGUUCUCUUGGGGGAGAAGUCACACCAGAGAAUUGGCAGUGGAUGUACAAGCAUAUGAAGGUCAAAGGCCUCCUUGUUCCUGAAAUCUGUCAAUAACAGGCCUGUUGGUGGUUGUCAAUCUUGCAAUCUAAGGGCAGCUGAAAGGGAGUUGCAUUCUGGGGCAGUUUAGUAUUUUAUCUGAGACUACUCUUUGGCCUGGGAAUUCUGAUAGGGAAAUUUCGAGUCUUAAUUAUAAAGUUUCUACCUUUUCUAUGCAACUUUUUAUGCUUUUAUUUGAACUAACUACCGAAUUGUUUAACAGAUGAACACGAUUGUUCACUGCCUAGAUUUGUGAAUACUAAGUUUCUUAACCAUUGUUGCAUCCGCCCGCAGAUGUAAAGAUCGUAAUUUGGAUCAUUGACAGUUAAUGAUCUAUAGGCUUAGCUA